GCGGGUCUCUUCUUUUCCGUUUCGGACGGUGGCCAGAGGAAAUGCGGGUCUGAUUCGAACCCGAGUAAUAGAACGCGAGUGACGACGAGCAAGAAGGAGCAGAAGAACAAUGAUUGAAGACGAAAUAGCUGAUCAUCGUCUAUUCUGAUCAUUUCCUUUCUAGAUUACUACUCUUGGAUAGAACUUCCUUCCUUCAAGAUUGCAUCUUGUGAAACGAUUGCAAUAAAAAGAUGGAGAAUUUAUUGUAUGCGGAGGAGCUUGUGAGAGAAUUUCUUGUCUUCCGGGGAUUUACAACUAGCUUGCAAGCUUUUGACAAAGAGUUAGGAACUGACAUUGGCAAAGGAUUUCAAGUGGAUAAGAUAAUGGACUUGAUUUUUUCUAUAUACAUCCCAAAGUUUCAGGCAGAAAACUUAACUGGCUUACUCAAGUUUUUCAAGCAAUGUUUUUCUUCCUCUUCUGAGUUAGAAUUCAUUGCUACAUUGUCAAAGCUGGAAGUAUCGAUUCUCCGUUUUUACAUUGUGCAUGCUAUACGAUCGGGGAGGAAAGAUAAGGUUAUUGAGUUCUUUGCAAUCUACGGCAAUGAUUUGUUACAAAGGGGUCAGGAGUGGAUGUCAUGGUUCGCCAUCCCAUAUUUGAAGAAUCCGAAUGUGGAGCCUCAAUUUCGCAUAUACUUUUCACAGGAGUGGUUUGAUGCCUUACUUCUUUCAGUCAGGAACUUAUUAAGUGAAGCAUUUAGUGCUAAGUUACGAAUCCCAGCUCUGCUAAAGAUCAGCUCUGAGAGAAGUGUUAUCAACCGUCUCAAGAAAGAUGUUAAGCAACUUAAUCUUAGAUUAUCUGAGCUCCAAGCAUUGUUGGAAGAAAAAGAAAAGCAGUUGCAUCAUUUAAGGAGCAAUCUUACAAUCAAACUUGAACUGGAUGCUAGUCAGGCACAUAGCAAAACAUAUAAUGUUUCUGGAAUAUCAACGAGCAGUGCAUGUGAUAACCUAUCUCAGGCUUCUGAUGAAACUUGCUUACUUGAACGUCAAUAUGCAAAAGAAACAGAAGAAGUUUCUGUACAGGAUCCAUCUAGAUUAUCUCAAGCUUCAAAAUUUGAACUAAAUCCGCAUGCUGGAGAUGGUGGGUCAAACAGCAGGCUUCAAAUGUUUCAAGAUGAUCUUUAUUUAGAUAAUGGUAGGGAUGUCCAGGGAGAAGAGGAUUUUUCAGAAGUAAAAAUAGACUUCCAGGAAACAUUUUUAGGCCACACUAAUCCAAUCAGUCAAUGCCGCUUUUCUGCAUCAGGGAACAAUGUUGCCAGCGCUUCCGUGGAUGGCACAGUCAGGAUAUGGACAUAUGAUUCAUCAACUCCAGCAUCAAGAAAUGCUACAAUCUAUUGUGGUUCAGAAAUCAUGUCGCUUGAGUGGGACUGUAAAUCUGAUCGUUUGCUUCUGAUAGGCACUGCUGAGGGAGGCAUUAAGGCGUGGAAUGUGGAUGCUAAAAGAGUUGUUUGUGACCUCACUACAACUUCAGCAUUCCCAAGUGUUGUGGAUUUGAAGUGCAGCCCCGUGGAACCUAUUUUUGUGUCUGCAGCAGCAUCCAAAAGGAGUGGUGGAGCAACUUUAAUAGAAUCUUUGGAUUGUCCAUCACUUACUGUUUGGAACAUGAAGACAUGGAAACCCAUGACAGUACUUCCUCUUGGUAAAGAUCCUCCAGCAGUUACUUCCCUAUGUUUCAACCACAAUGGGAAGAUUUUAGCUGCUGCCUCAACUGACGGAAUGAUUCAAAUGUUUGACAUGUCUGCGGGUUUACAAAUAACUGGGUGGCCAGCUCAUGACUCUGGCAUUAGUUCUAUUCUUUUUGGGCCUGAUGAAACCAGCAUUUUUAGCUUGGGUAUAGAUGGAAAGAUUUAUGAAUGGAGCUUGCAGAAGCCGGGCAAGGUACUUUGGUCAAGAAAUUGUAGCAGUUUUUGCCAUUUUGAGAACUCGACAUACAAUAAACAUGAAAUGGCGCUGGAUGCUAAUGGGAGAAGACUGCUGGUGACUUCCGGUUCAGUGCGAGCACCAAUAUAUCAGGUACAGGGUCCGAUGAAGGGCAUGAAGAGUCUACCUCACAGCGGAGCCAUAACCACUGUAGAUUGGCAUCCAACUUUGCCAAUUUUCUUGACUGGUUCUGCUGAUCACUCUGUCCGUGUCACUUCUAUCUUAUCAUGAUCAACCUUCAUUGUUCUUCUUCCUUUAGUUUUGUAGGCUGCUUGUAUUGUAACAUUAUUUUUUUCUUUCCAGAAACAAGAUUUACAUCACUUAUGUUUUUAAUCUGAUGAGUAUCAUAUGGGAUUUUUAUUAUUUAA